AAAGCAUCAUGCGAGUGCCUGCGAUCGUAGCGUAGCAUAGCGCUCGUCGAGUCUCGCGUGACCCUGCGUGAGGAGCCGGCGGCAAGCUCGACGUUCGCUGUCCGCCCCUUGACCUUCCUUCAUCCGCUCCCAUCGCAGCAUGGCGACGCCUCCUGCCUCUUCAUCGAUAUCCUCACGCUCACUGCGUCGCCACCAUGCUACUCUUCUCCGCCAUCACGCCUCCUUAGCCGCAGAGCAACAGCUCCUCGCCCGCCUCUGGUACAAGUCACGAGCGCAAUUCCGCAAUGCCAAGUGGAUGAGGCCUUGUGAUGUUGUGAGGAGGCGAAUGGGAGUGAUGGCCAAGAUCAUCGAGGAGGCGCUGCGAUCUUCGGCGGCACUAUUUGAUGCAUUGACCGUCAGCGUUAGAACAGAAGGUAGCAGCGCAUCGACCUCAAUCGCAUUGCAAACGCUGCCCAAGAGAAGCCAAGCCCAGGACGUCUCGCCGCCGCUAAAGCUGGUUGCGCGCCAUCUCAUCUCGCUCCUGACCCUCCUCUGCGCCCUCGAUGAGCUCUCGCAACGGGCGCGCACCGCUUUCAGCCUUUUGGAGAGCCACCUCCGCACUCCACCGGCUCCUACUUUCGCCGCCUUGGUCACAUCAAUGCUCGGACUUUGCGCUGGGGUCCACGCUAGGUGUAGUGAGGGGAUUCAGAGCACAGCGGAGGCUUAUGGAGAGGUAGCAGCGACGUCAGGCAUGGCAAAGGAAAGGCCGAUCAGAGUGGGAAGUUCGCAGGCUACGCAGGCACUCCAAGAGGGGAGGUCGAAGCUGCAGAGGAAGAAAAGAGGAGCGGACGAGGAAGAGGUAGCACGAGAAGUGAUCGCAGCCUUGCCGGCGAGCAUACAGGCAGCGACACCAGCUGCAAAGGGCACAAGGAACAAGACCAGGCUGCCUCCUGUCCCAGUAGCGGGCAGCAGACGCAGUCUCGUAGACGAGCUGCUCGAGACCACCAAGCUGGCGCGCUAGGAAUUCGCGACCUCAUCCGCUCUCGACAGCAUCGACAUUUCAACCAUUCAUACCCUGACGUACAUCGCGCAUCGGUUCGCAUCUAUGUAUUUGUAAUGGCGAGCCUGACACAUUGUCCUGUAUACACAGUCUAGCUCCCCACCUCUAUUCCCCCGCGCACAGCGCAUCAGCUCGAGGGAGGCACCUCACUGACAUUGAGGUCGUGAAUCUUCGUUGUGGCCACAUCCUUGACCCAGCUGUGAAGGGACGGAGGGGACGAAGAGUAGUCAGUUCCCCUCGCUAUCGCUGCACGUCUCACACCGCACGCCGCGCACUUACCCAUGCAGCCUGACCUUAUUGCACAUCCUGCCCUUGACGAGCGUGCUCUCCCCCGUCUUCCAGUUGCGCUGAAUUACCUCGCUAUUCCUCAGGUUCUCGACCUGCUUGAGCACGUUGGCCGUGGUGAGCUUG